UUUACAACCUACUCCUCCAACACCCCUGAAAAUAAACAGCCUCCCACAGUAACUUUUUGCAGACCCAUAUGCAUGACACUGCUCUCAGACCUUUCAUGCAGUGUAAGAAAUACCUUCAUGGUUUGUCACUUGACAUUUUAACCAAGGAAACAGCCCCAACAUUUGGGAGUCUAACUUACUGUGACAAUUUCUUCUACUGUCAGCUUACGAGGAAGUACAGCUCCUGCUCCUCAAUAUGGAUGGAUGAGAGCACUCUCAGCAAGCCUAAUCAUAGAAACAUAGUACAAUGUAUGACGUUGGCAGUGUAUUACCACAUAAAAUACAGAGAUGCAAAUAGAUCCCUGGAUAUUUUUGAUGAGAGACUGCACCCACUCACAGUAAGUAAGCUUCCAGAGGACUACUUUCAGCAUGAUCCUGAACAUGAAUGUAUAUACAGAUUUGUUGCUAUUAUUUUUAAUGCCCUAUGCAUACCAACUGAAUGCGCAAUAAUGACGUUGGUUUACUUAGAAAGGUUAAUGUCAUAUGCUAAGAUUGACCUCUGUCCUACCAACUGGAAAAGGAUUGUCUUGGGAGCCAUUCUUCUUGCCUUCAAGGUUUGGCAUGAUAAGGCUGUGUGGAACAUAUACUUCUGCCGGAUCCUCCAGAACCUUGCACUCCAAGACAUAAAUCAACUGGAAAGGCAUUACUUGUGUCUGCUUGAGUUUAAUGUUAAUGUGUCUGCCAGCACUUAUGCCAAAUACUACUUUGAUCUUCGCUCUUUAGCAGAUCACAGCAACAUGUAUUUUGUGUCUGCACCUCUCACCAAAGAAAGAGCACGGAAAAUAGAAGCGAUGUCAAGAUACUGUGAGGAUGGAGGCUUGCACAGAGGUGAAAUCAGAAAAUCUUCCAGUGAUGACAGCUUCACUGGAAUUCGACUGUCUAAAGCCAUCCUGUCUUAAAAGAGAGAGAUGGGGGCUAUGACAUCUUAGACCCUCGCUUACACAAGAUGGACCACCUGUCUUGCAAAAAAAAAAAAAAAUCCAAAGAGAACAUUUUUGCCAAAAGGAAAGACCUUGAAUUUCAGAAACUUUUGGACAGUGACAGUUGUAUUGCAUGGGAAGAGACCUUGUGAAAGCAGCAACACACUUCCUUUCUUCACUGAUGUGAGCAGAGUUACUAGUAGUACAAAGCAGAAGCUCCUGGCUGACACAACCAUUCGCUUACUUCACAGGCCAAUGCCUGUGAACUCUGCAAGGUUUUAGGAUUAAGAGUAUACAUUUAAGCUAGUUUAAAACUUUAAUAAAUGUUUAAGGUAGAUUUUUUAAAUACUAUUUGUAUAGUUUUCAUGUCCCCUGCCACUAUAUAGCUUUGUAGACUUUUAGGAUUAUCGUAGUAUUACGAUAAUUAAAAAUGGUGCUGAUAAUUUUUGAUGAUUUCCCUUUGUUAAAUAAACAUGUCAGAAGAUAUUUCU